AGUAAUUGAGGUUCCAGCCUUGAGAGGUGAACUCAAGGGGGUUCUGUUUUAACUACGUCGAGGCAUGUAAAGUUCUACAGUAUAACUGGACAGAUAUCCUAACAGACGCAUUAAGUCAGUUCUAAAACUGUAUCCAGUUGCAUUGUCUGUUCUAGUCCUGUUCCCUACGUGAAUUUAUGAGUUUGGAGUACAAUGUAUUCUCUCUAGUGGCACUAGAAGUUACAACGAACACAUUAUACACAAGUGACAAAGGAUUGUAGGCAGAAGUGAUUAUAGUAUCUCUACAACACCUAUAUGUGUAUACUAAGACUUCUACCACUCGAGAGUCCAGCAGCUAGUAAAGAAUCCGGCUCCAGUAUUUAUAUUUGAAUGGUGGACCUUGGCCAUGGAAGAUGUUCCUAUCCUCCAUUGAACAGGACCUCCAUUGAAACGAAUGAUUAAAACAAAACUGAGAAACACUCGAUGAAACAUAGGAAGAAUCGCAACAAAAAAUUAGGAAGUAUCCAAAUUUCCUUGGAAAAUGAGCAAAUAAUCAAGGAAAAUCGUGGAAUGCCCGCCAUGGAAUCAAAUCUCAAAAGGAUGAACUCCCUCCUGAAUGAUUGCCCUACUACCUAUUGGAUUUCAAUAAUGUUCUCUCCAAUAAUUCUGAAUAACGUUGAACAUGGUUUCGGUUGUGGAAACUGUAGCACUAGUCCGUGAUUACAAGCUAUCGCCAGCUAGCUUUUGAUUAACUAAUGAGAUCACAAGUAGUUGAGACAAUAAAAAAGGUGUGAUUGUUGCCUUUUAAAAAAUCUAGAUCAUUCCAUCCCAUCCCACCGUCUCCCAAUCUAUCGCCAAACUAAUGCCCAAACACUCCACCAUCAACAACAGCAUCAAAAGAAACCAAUCGCUCGGGUCGCGUGCACUGCACAUGUGCUCCGGGUAAAGGGGUUUCGGGAGCUGCGACAGCGUGUCCGGGCAGGGGGCAGCAGCAGCAGCGAGGAAGAGAUUAGCUACACUUUCGUCAAUCAAGAAUUUCGUUCCGGGCUCUCAAGUGCCCCUCAGCCAUGUCGCACCUUCGAGAUCGCCCUUUGGGCGACAACGUUAGUAACAUCGCAAGAAUUUAUUGUGCCGUUCGUUUACGUGCGAUGAUGGUGCGAUGAUACCCCAUGCACCAAGCAACGGGUGCUGUUUUCCCAACCACCCCGGAGCUAUGCUCAUCCCGGCAGGCACCCCAGCAGAUGACCCCAGAAUCAAAUUGUUUUGAUACAAUCGGCGUAGGCAACCAGGGAUGCCUGGAGCUGUUUUGGUGGCGAUGGCGCAGCGACGACGUUGCCCAGUUGCCAGGAAGCAGCAUCCAGCCAGCUAGUGAGGGCACAACAAUAGCAGGGGCGCGCGCUCUCGCUGUGUGUGUUGACAGUGCCCGCGUGCUAAUAAACUAUCGCACCAACACGCCCCUGGGAGCCCUCGCGCGUCGGUUGCCCACCAAUACACAGGCAGGCGCGCAUUAACAGGCAGAUGAUGCGCGUGAUUACCACCACUACCACGGAGCCCUCUAACGCGGUGAGGGUUGAUAACAGGAACAGGGAGCUCUCACGCAGCAGCUUCAUUGCGCGUCAGUGUGUGUGUGUGUGCCGUGCCGGUUUUCGGCCGGCAUUGGGCCCGGGCGGCGGUAUUUAGUGUGGUGAAUCGUCGUACGCUCCCUGUAUUUGGUGUCUGAUCGUGCCCGAGACAAGUUCACUCCAGCAAACGUCAAGGCCAGCGCGGAAGAAUCUCUAACACGCUCUCUUUCUCUCUCUCUCGUAUACACACACACACACAGUUGCUGUAAAACAUGGCCACCGUUACGGAAGUUGGAGGCAUCAAGACCGGCAAGCUGCUGAUCGAGGGCAAGACGAAGCAGGUGUACGAUGUGCCGAGCAUGCCGGGCCACUCGAUCCUGCUGAACAAGGAUCGCAUCACCGCCCACAACGGUGUGCGGGCCCACGAUCUCGAGGGCAAGGCGAAGAUCUCCAAUCAAACGAACGCGAAAGUGUUCACGCUGCUGAACCGGGCCGGUCUGAAGACCGCGUUCGUGCGCAUGAUCUCCGACAACGCGUUCCUCGCGCGCAAGUGCGACAUGGUGCCGAUCGAGUGGGUGACGCGCCGGGUCGCGACCGGUUCGUACCUGAAGCGCAACCCGGGCGUGAAGGAGGGCUACCGCUUUGCGCCGGCCAAGGUCGAGACGUUCUUCAAGGACGACGCGAACGACGAUCCGCAGUGGAGCGAGGAGCAGAUUGUGUGCGCCGGCUUCAAGGUGAACGGUGUGACGAUCGGCCAGGACGAGGUGGACAUUAUGCGCCAGACGACCGCGCUCGUGUUCGAGGUGCUGGAGCGGGCCUGGGCCACCCGCAACUGUGCGCUGAUCGACAUGAAGAUUGAGUUCGGCGUCGACGCGGACGGGCAGCUGCUGGUGGCGGACGUGAUCGAUUCCGACUCGUGGCGCCUCUGGCCGGCGGGCGACAAGCGCAUGAUGGUGGACAAGCAGGUGUACCGCAAUCUGGCGAACGUGACGGCCGCCGAUCUCGACGUGGUCAAGCGCAACUUUACCUGGGUCAGCGACGAGCUGGACAAGAUGGAUGCACCGGCCAGCCACCUGGUGGUCAUACUGAUGGGGUCCGCCUCGGACAAGGAGCACUGCGAGAAGAUCGCCAAGCACUGUGCCGCGCUCGGGCUGAACGCGGAGCUGCGCGUGACGUCCGCGCACAAGGGCACGCAGACGACGCUGCACAUGGUGAGCGAGUACGAGAGCGUGCUGAGCGAGCUGGUGUUCAUCACGGUGGCGGGCCGGUCGAACGGGCUCGGCCCGGUACUGUCCGGCAACACCAACUAUCCCGUCAUCAACUGCCCGCCGGUCAAGCCGGAAAAUGUCGAGCAGGACGUGUGGUCGAGCCUGAACCUGCCGUCCGGGCUGGGCUGUGCGACCGUCCUGUACCCGGAGGCGGCCGCCCUCCACGCCGCCCAGAUACUGGGCAUGAAGAACUUCCUCAUCUGGAGCAAGCUGCGCGUGAAGCAGCUGGACAACUUUGCCAGCCUGAUCAUGGCGGACAAAAAGAUGCGCGGCGUACGCUCUAACUAACGCCACUAUUAUAUUUCGUUAUUUGCCACGCGUUUUACCACGCAAUCCUAGAAUAAAUAUCCUGUAAAUGAGUUGUUUGCUUUGUACGAAAAA